CCUCCUCCUCCUCCUCUUCUACCACCACCACUCUAUCACUGCAAAUAUGGUCAAGGUCGUCGUUCUCGGUGCUGCUGGUGGGAUUGGGCAACCACUCUCUCUGCUGCUGAAGACCAACCCCGUCGUCACCGGUCUCUCUCUCUACGAUAUCGUUAAUGCCCCCGGUGUCGCUGUUGAUCUCUCCCACAUCAACACCCCCGCCAAGGUGGAGGGCUUCCUUCCCCCGAACGAGGGGCUCAAGCAAGCACUGACCGGCGCUGAAAUCGUCGUUAUUCCUGCUGGUGUUCCCAGAAAGCCCGGCAUGACCCGCGAUGAUCUCUUCAAGAUCAACGCCGGGAUCGUCCGCGAUCUCGCCACGGGCAUUGCCACCACCGCGCCCAAGGCCUUUGUCCUCGUCAUCUCCAACCCCGUCAACUCCACCGUCCCCAUCGUCGUCGAGGUGUUCAAGAAGCACGGCGUGUUCGACCCCAAGCGCAUCUUCGGUGUCACCACGCUGGACGUUGUCCGCGCCUCUACCUUCGCUGCCGAGGCGCUUCAAGAACCGUCCCUCGCUUCCAAGCUCGUCGUUCCUGUCAUCGGUGGUCACAGCGGUGUGACGAUCCUGCCCAUCUUCUCCCAGGCUCAACCCCCUCUCCCGGCCUCUUUCCUAGAGAAUAAGGAGACGCUCGAGGCGAUCACCCACCGUGUGCGCUACGGCGGUGACGAGGUCGUCAAGGCCAAGGACGGUGCUGGCUCUGCCACGCUCUCUAUGGCUUACGCAGGUGCGACCUUUGUCGAAAAGGUCGUCCGUGCCGUCAGCGGGGAGAAGAACAUCGUUGCCCCUACCUUCGUCUACCUCGAGUCUGAUGCCGCUGGCGGCGCAGUGAUCAAGCAAGAGCUCGGGACCGAUGUUCCCUACUUCUCCGUGAAUGUUGAGCUCGGCCCAUCGGGUGUCGAGAAGAUCCUGCCGAUCGGCAAGGUCACUGCGUACGAGAAGAGCCUUUUUGCCGGCGCCCUCUCCGAGCUCGAGACGAACAUCAAGACUGGAGUCUCCUUCAUCGAUGGAGCAAAGCUGUAAACCUGUUUGUGCAAAUAGGAAUGUUGUAUGUCAAAGAGAAAAAAUAGAAUGUACCCUCAGUUACCAAUGAGAAUGAGAAUGACCACGAAAUCUACCCAUCCUCAUUCCCAUCCAUCCCCUGCUUGACCCGCUUGACCCGCUCGUCCACCUUCCUCGCCAGAUGGCCGCAAAACGACUCAUACAACGCCCGAUCCCGGCCGGCCAGCCAAUCCACUCUCAGCGCCACAGCAGCAGAGCAGUCGCCGUCGCCGUCUGGACCAUUAGCCAGGAAGACGAUCCGAGUCCGGAGGACCACAGGGAGGACAAGAGCAGGCACCUCGGCAUCAGUCGACAUCUUGCGUGCUUGCUCGCGUCGAGCGGCCCGAGACCACGUGUUCCGCCGAGCGGUGAGGAGGAACGAGGACGCAGAUUCCUGGGCCAGUUCGAGGUCGGGUAUGCUCCUGGUGAUAACGCGUAUGAUCCCCUUUGCCGAUGGUGACGGUAUGCCCGG